UUAACGGAUUUAGAUCGUCGCGAAAUGCAAAGCAAACAAUCGACGGCGCGACUUCGAACAGUACAAUUGAUCAGCAAAGAAAAGCAAUAAUAUAUGUACAGAAGCGGAAAUAAUUUGAAGAAGUGUUACACUUAGACUAUUCAACAUUUUGUAUUUCCUCGAUUGCGCUAUGAGUGGUGUCUUGCGUCGCGGUUCCCUGAAUUUUGAUUGCGUUGGCAGCUCACGGGGCAGCCUUGAUUCCAACCUUUAUGGCGGCUACCGAGAGACAAAGCCAGCUCCAGGCACACCGGAAAUAAAAGUAAUUGCAAUGGAUUUUCGUCGCCACUCCGAUGACCUAAAGAAGGUCGGCCUCAUGGCUGUCGGCGUGCCAGUCGCUAGCCCUGUCAAGGACCUUAGCCAGGAUGUUGAUAGCGAUGUUCUAUCCAAUUUUCUGGGCCAUUAUCGCAAAUGGAGCUUUAUGUGGACCUUUCUGCUCUGCCUCUUCCAGUUGCCCACCACAUUUCAUUUGUUUAUGUUUGUAUUUCAGGUAACUGGCGAGUCGUCGCCCAUGUUGCUAGCCACGCCCAUGGUCGGCACCGAGCAGUUGGAACUUCUCCAAAUGAAGACGUUGCAACGACUUUUGGGCUCCGUGAGCCGCUGGCAGCGCAUGUGGUGCGCUCUGCUAUCGAUCCACCAGGCCAUUUGUACGUUCCACAUAUUCGUCUAUGUGUUUCAGACCGCGCCAAAGGAUUUUUGGUGUGCCAGGCCAGCAAACCUUCAGAACCUGAGCAUCACGGAAUGGCGGAAUCUCAGUCAAACCCCUAAUGGCUGCCAACUGCUAGACAUUGACUAUAGUCAGGUUAUUUUAGACAAUGGACAACUAAUCAAUUGGCCGAGCAAUACCUCUGCAGUGGGCUACAGAAAGUGUCAGCAAUUUGAGUUCUCCGAUGUCGAUGGCGAUGCCAAGACCCUGGUGCAAGAUUUCGGCUUAGUUUGUGGCAACAACAUUACAAACUAUGUGGAAAUGUGUUUUCUGAUAGGCGCAGCAGCUGGAGCAGUGCUGUCCGGCUGGAUCUCAGACCGUUUUGGUCGGCGACACACAUUGAUGAGCUUUGUGCUUAUACAAACCGUUUUCGGUGGUAUUUUGGCCUUCUCGACAUCGGUGGCCAUGUUCAUGUCGCUACGUGUUAUAAUUGGAUUCGCAUCAAUGACCGUGACUGUUGUUAGCUUCGUGCUAGUCGUCGAGCUGGUAUCCGGCAAAUGGCGCACAAUAAUCGGCAUAUUAAACAUUUUGCCAGUGGCCGUCUCCUAUGUCCUGUCCUCUGGCAUUGCCUAUCUGAUCCGGGACUGGCGCACACUGCAGCUGGUCAUAUCCUGGCCAUGGCUAGUCAUGUUAUCGAUUUGGUACUGGCUGCCGGAAUCUCCACGGUGGCUUCUGGCACAGGGACGCCUCGAGGAGCUGAAUCGUCUAAUUGAGGGCGCCGCCAAGAUGAACGGCACCGUGCUGCCCAACAACUACCAAAAGAUGCUGGAAGCCGCCGUACCCAUUGAAUUGCGGCAGGACACCUCCCAGACGGAAGCUGUCACCACAGUCGUUGAGGAGAACAAGAUACCAUCUGAUGUACCUCACUUGAAUGUGCAUGUAAAUCCGCUGUUUGUGGUCUUUGGCAGCAAAUACUGGCGUACCACUCUGCUCACUCUGAUUAUUUGGUUCACCCUAAUUAUAAUCUACUUUGGCCUGACGCUGCACUUGAGCAACUUGGGUGGCAACGUCUACGUAAAUAGCGCAGUAGCCGGCAGUGUGGAGUCCAUUUCGAUAUGCAUCAGCAUCUUCGUAGUCAUCAAAGCCGGUAUCAGGCGCAGCCUGCUGGGCUACAUGUUGCUGCCUGGCCUCUGCUGUCUGGCCACCAACCUGGUGCCCCAAAACGAACACAACCAGUCAGGCGUCAUUGCUCUCGCCACUAUAGCCAAGUGUUUAAUAGGCGCCAAUAAUGCCAUUAUACCCACCUACACGGCUAUGCAGUAUCCCACUAUUGUUCGCAACUUUGGCGUCGGCAUGGGUAACUUGGCAUCAGGCAUAGCUCUCAUUCUGGUCCCCUCCUUGUGGCAGCUGGAGCAUUAUGAUGCUUUGCUUCCUCUGAAUAUAAUGGGAGUUUGCGGUUUGAUUGGCGCUGUUGCCAUCMURUUGAUGAAGGACGUCGAAUAGUUUUUAUCUCUUCGUAUUUGUAUUUAUUUUAUGUACAUUUCUAACUGUGAUAUAUUGGCAAUAUCGGCCAAUGGGCCUUCACAAAAUCAUUUUUCUCAGCGUUUGUCUAUCAUUUUAUGCUUUUUUAGUACACGUACAUAUAU